AUGUUCGCCCACAUGCCCGCCUUCUUCCAACAAACAUCCUACAAAAACCCCCGCAGCGCCCGCAAAACAGUCUUUGACUCAGCCCACGGCUGGCAAGGCGGCCUCUUCACCUACCUCGAAGCCCACCCGGUGCAAGGUGAGGCCUUCAACACCCUUCAGCGGACGACGACGCUCAACAGGGCCAGGUGGACGUCCAUCUUCCCAAGCCACACCCUCCUGGACAGCGGCUCCGGUGACGACGAUCCGAGCUCGCCGCUGCUGGUGGACAUAGGCGGGAGUGUAGGGCAGGAUCUGUGGGCGUUUUAUGAAUUGCAUCCUGAGACGGCGUCGAGGCUAUAUUUGGAGGAUUUACCUUCCGUCUUGGCUGAUGAAAAGACUUCCGUGUUGAAGGGGAUUAAUAAAGUGGCGUAUGAUUUCUACACGCCUCAGCCGAUCAAGCGUACGUUUGAAACUACCUUUGCUGAAGUGGUUCAAGUCCCCCAGCAAAAACUGACAAAACCACGUAAAGACGCCCGAGCAUACUACAUGCACCACAUCCUCCACGACUGGCCCGACAAACAAGCGCGCAAAAUCCUCGAGAUCCAAAAGGCUGCUCUGAAACCGGGGUACAGCAGAAUCCUGAUCCACGACCAAAUCAUGGACGACGACGUCCGGAGCGUCCACCCGCACGCCGCCGUCUUCGACAUCAGCAUGAUGGCGUUUGGCGCCGCGCAGGAGCGCACGGAGAAGGAGUGGAGGGCGCUGGUCGAGUCGGCUGGGCUGAGUGUCGUCAAGAUCUGGAGGGCGCCGGGUGCGGUGCAGGGGGUCAUCGAGGUUGGGCUGCGGGAGGGGGCGAAGCUUUGA